CCUCUGGAGGUCACAGUCGACAACAUACGAGAGGGCUUUGAGGACAGACCGUACAUGCCGUUUCGGUACCCGAACAACCAGACGAUGUCGCUAGUCAAGCUCGAUGUGAACUUCUGGUCGAUCGUAGACAGGCACUACUUUGAUUUCAUGUCGCAGAAGAAGCGGAUUUUCAACCACUACGAUCCGGAGAAGCUGAAGGAGCACCCAUUCUACAAGACACUUGACACCGCAGAGGCGACAGCAGCGCUCGUCGAGUUGCGGGACUUUGUUGUCGACCACCUCACACACAGGUUCCCCAAGCUGUUCACCCGCCGGGGGAACCUGGUGUGCAACCAUCUGCUCGACGAGACGUACGACCUCGACGUGGUGGCCCCGCUGGUCGUGGUCACGAGAAUGUCCAUGGAGGACUACUACGUGACGGUGCUGGACCCGCACACCCAGGAGCGGACCUGUGUCGGCGUCUCCGUCGCCUUUGGCGGCGGCGGCUUCCCCAUAGCGCCCAUUGUCGGUCAGGGCAUGGAUGCGAUCCACGGGCCGGUCCCCUACUACGAGUCGAAGUUGAAGAAAAGCAUGAACAAGUGGUUUGAGCGCUUCACCGACCCUGUCGAGAGAGCGUCCAUCCACAUUGUCUGGGACAACGACCUCUCCUGCAGCGAGCUCUACUCCAAGCAGCGGGAGCUCGGCCACGCCGCCUACGCCGAGUACAUCCAAGCCGUUCCCUUCGAGGCCUUCUCCGUGCGUGUCGAGAGACAGACCUUGAUCAAGUUGCCCAAGAGCAACGCCAUCAUCUUCGCCAACCACCCGAUCUACCUCAACAUCGCCCACGCCCUCGCAGACGAGCCCGGCGUGCCUGCCAUCGUCCACAAGAUGAUGUACGACAGCCCCGAGGGCAUCAUCAAGUACAAGCACUACGAGCUGAUCCGGGACCACAUCUCUCCCGGCCUCCUCGCCAUGGUGGACGCCCAGGUGCAGCGGGGGCUCGUGGCCAAGGACGACCCCGUCCGCACCAUCCCUGGUUUCCCCUUCGCCAGCUGG